AUGACCGCCUUGAAUGCAAAUUUCGAUGCUAUUGGCAGAGCUUUUGUAGAGCAGUACUACCAGUUGUUCGACAAUCCUACUUUGCGUCCGAAUUUGGCGAAAUUCUACGAUGAAAACGCAUCUCUGAUGACUUUCGAGGGUGUUCAAAUCAUGGGCGCGCAGAAAAUUAUGGAAAAGCUGAAUUCGCUGACCUUUAGGAAGAUCGCUCAUGUCGUCACACUCGUGGACUGCCAACCGACUUUCGACGGAGGUGUCCUUGUGGCAGUUUUUGGCCAGCUGAAGACAGAUGAUGACCCGCCGCACACUUUUACUCAGAUUUUCGGUUUGAAGCCCUUGGAGACCAACUUCUUCGUAGCUCAUGACGUGUUCAGACUUCACCUUGCUUAAAUUCCCGUUCAAGAAGCACCGCUUUCGGCGUUGAAAAGAAUCCGUGCUCGAAAAUCGAAUUUUACUGAAAACCCUGAUGAUUUCUGCAUCUAGCUAAAGAAUUUUUCCUGCUUCCGUUCAAACUCGAAAUUUUUUUUCGUUUUGGCGAAGAAAAGUAGCUCGGAGCUGUUUCUUUGAAUCUUGGCAUUGUUCCGCAAUGGGGAAAGUGAUUUUUUCGACGCUGUAAGAUUGAUGGCUUCUCUAAAAAUGUGAUUUUGAGCCCGUGUCCAUCCUUCUACCGAUAGUUUGUCUACUUCCGUUCCGAUUACUAACUUUUGAUGUCGUUUGUCUCUUCCUUUUUGAGAGAAGGCCGCUUGUCAGUUUCCGGUUUGCGAUUGUGCCCCCAUCUUGCUCAGUGGUAAGCUAAUACGCAAUGAAAUGCUUCUAUCCUGCGUAGGCAUGCAUGAUUUAACUCCACUCUAUCAAGACUCUUCGGUGUGUUGCCUUUAUCGUUGAACAAAUAUCUGAGGAAUGUAUUUCAUGCUGUUAGCUUUCGUUUUGGCUGGGAGUUGGGGAAGCGAUCCCGAAUAAAAGCGGAUAAAUGCUUGCA